AUGCCGCCCACCGCCGCCUCCUCCACGUACACCAGGUACGAGACGCGCCGCCGCGACCCCAACCCCGGCGCAGCCGCGCUCCUCAUCAUCGACGUGCAGGGCCACUUCGCGUCGCUGACGGCGCCGGCCAUGCCGGCCAUCGCCACCACCGUGGCGCUCUGCCGCGGCGCCGGCAUCCCAGUCAUCUACACCCGCCACGUCGACCCCGUGCCGCGAAGCCGCCCGCUCGCAGAGUGGUGGGCGGGCGACCAUAUCGGCGCCGGAACGCCGGCCGCCGAGCUGCUCCCCGGAGCCGGCCGCGCCGCGGGGGACCUGGUCGUGGAGAAGAGCACGUACAGCGCCUUCGCCUCCGGCACGGGGCUGGAGGAGGCGCUGCGCGGGAUGGGCGUGGAGGAGGUGAUCGUGGCGGGCGUGAUGAGCAACCUGUGCUGCGAGACCACCGCGCGGGACGCGUUCGUCAGGGGCUUCCGGGUCUUCUUCUCGGCCGACGCCACGGCCACGGCCAGCCGGGACCUCCACGAGGCGACGCUCGCGAACAUGGCCUAUGGGUUCGCCUACAUCGUCGACUGCGAGCGGCUGGAGGCGGCAUUCGGGAAGGACAAGUGA